AUGACUGAUAUUACCAAUGCUAUUUCAGGUAUUAUGGGAUCAACAUCCUUAGCAUGUUGGAUAGUUCUUUUAGUCCCACAACUCAUCGAACAAUGGAGAUUAAAAUCCAGUGAUGGAAUUGCUAUUGGGUUUAUCUCAAUUUGGUUUUUAGGUGAUGUCUUCAACUUAAUUGGAAGUAUUUGGGCCGGUUUAUUAAUCCAAGUUGUAUCAUUAGCUGUUUGGUUUUGUAUUGCUGAUUUCUUAAUGAUUUUCUCCUUCGUUUAUUAUAAAUACAUUUAUGUAAAGAAAGAAGAAGAAAGACCUUUAAUGGAUAGAAGAAGAAGAACUUCAAGUACUUUGACUGAUAUUGCUGUAGAACCUUCUUAUCAUGGCAUUAUAAUUAAAUAUGUUUUACCAAUUUUAUUUGUAUUUGCUUGUGGGUUAUUAGGAUUCUUUAUUUCCAUGCCAAAUUCAAAAGAUCCUGAAAUUCCAGAAAACCCUCCAAACCCUCCAAAUGAUCAAAUUGCUUUGGGACCACAAUUGAUUGGUUAUUUAUCAGCUUUUCUUUAUUUAGGAGCAAGAAUUCCUCAAAUUAUUCAAAAUCAUCAACGUAAAUCUGUUCAAGGUUUAAGUCUCCUUUUCUUCCUUUUUUCAACAUUCGGUAACUUAACUUAUGCUGCUCAAAUUUUAUUUUAUAGAUCUGAUUGGAAUUAUAUCGUUCUCAAUUUGAGUUGGUUAUUAGGAUCUUUAGGUACAAUUUUUGAAGAUUCUAUUAUUUUCUUACAAUUUUACGUCUAUAAAGAUAACGAUCAUGCUAUUGAACAUGAAGAGAAUGAACAUGCUUAA